AUGCUCAGGCCUCCUCAGACCUCAGUUUUCUUUUCCGUACAGCGAGGGAUUGGAUCACUGAUUGUUCAGAUCCGAUGUCCUGGGGUGUGUCCUCACACUGUGUGUCUUCAUGGAGAAGGUGCCUGGCCGUGGCCUUGGGGGCUGGUGUCGAUCGCCUUCCAGGACCUGGCCGUGCGGUUCUCCGAGGACGAGUGGCGGCUGCUGGGGGAGGGCCAGAGGGCGCUCUACCUGGACGUGAUGCGGGAGAACUACGACACGCUGGCCUCCCUGGGGACGGCGGAGCCGCUCCCCCUCUCGGCCUUCCUAUCUCCCUCAGAGCCUGGAGGAGCGGUGGGGGCCCGGAGCCGUGCUGGAGACGGGCAGGAGCCAACCCAGGGAGGAGGCCCCCUGGGAGCAGCCCCCCAGCACAGCCUGCACCUCAGCGCCCUGGUACAGCUCGUGCAGGAGAUCCCCGAGUUCCUGUUCAGGGAAGGCAGCCCUGAGAGCAGCGGGGGAGCCAGCCUGGAUGGGGCGGCUGUGAGCCCCGAGGCUGUGGCGGAGGACACGUGCCCUCUUCAAGACCUGCUCCACUGCCUUCCAGAUACACCCGUGGGCCGGCUUGGCCUGGCCGCCACGCCCAGCGGCAGCUCAUCCAGCAGCACCCCCGGAGCCGGGGUGCUGGGGAGCCCCUGCCCCAUCAAAACUGCCGACAAGCCGAGGCCCGUGGAGGAGGGGAGCCCAGGAGCCCCUGGCCGGGAGCCCGGCCCCACCACCUACAGCCAGGGCAGUAGCAAGAGCUGCAGGAAUCUGGAGAGAGGGACCCCGGGGGCAGGAGCUGCGGGCAUCUCUCCUGGGCACAGCCCCUUGCAAGGCCUCAUCAACUGCCUGAAGGAGAUCCUUGAGCCUGGGCCCCAGGGCCCCGAGGGACCACGGAGCUCGCCACCAUCGUCCAUCCCCAGCCUGGGUGCCUCUCAGCUGACCAGGGCAGAGCUGGGGCCUAGGGGCCCGCCCUGGGCCGUGAAGACAGAGGCAGCCUCGGGUGAUUGUCCCCUCCAGGGCCUGCUGAACUGUCUGAAGGAGAUCCCCGAGGCUCGGGACAGGCAUCCCAGCCCCUCAGGAGCCAGCGACCCACAGCCGCGGGAGGACCCAGGGGCCUGGAAAAGGAAUUCUGGAGGACUCCGACCCCUCCAGACCCCUCCCCCGGGGCCUGGGCCUGGAGCUGGCAGCAUGCUAUCUGCAGUGAAGGUGGAGGACAGCUGGCCCCAGGGGCCCCCGGAGCCCACACCCUGUCAGCUCAGCAAGCGGCCCCACGGCCCCUCUGCCGCCAGCAGCCCCAGGAAUAUCAGAGACACCGCCCCCGCCCAGGUGCGGGUGCCCAGCUGGGGCCCUGCAGCUCAAGCUGGCAGCGCCUCGAGCUCACCCCUGGAAGCCCUGGAGGCCUGUCUGAGGGGCAUUCCCCUGAGUGGGUCGUUACCUCCCCAGCCGCCGGCCAGCUUUUGGUCCCGGAGCCCCCAGCCAGGAGACCCUGGGUCUCAGAGGCCCGAGCUGCCGCGCCGCGGACCACACAGCAAAGAGGUGGUCGUGGGGCCUCUGCCGGCUCUGGGCCUGCAGGGCUGCACAAGAGACAGCCCGGCCCUGCCCCUGGGCUCCCAAGGCACCCCCAGCAGCUUCUCGUCGUCCAGCAGCUCUGACGGGGACCUGGAUUUCCAGACCCCUGAGCGCAGCCAGGGGCAUCGGCCGGGAAAAGGAAGCCCCAUGGGGGGCUCCCCGCUCCAGGGCCUGGAGAACUGUCUCAGAGAGAUACCUGCGCCCCGGCCGCAGCCGGCCUGGCCCUGCUCCUCGGCCGGAGACGGAGGGCCACGGCGAGCAGAGCCCAGGAACUGGGUGGCAGGCACAGAAGGACUGAGGGGCGAGGCCUGUGAACCAGCGCACCUGGGACAGCGUGGGGGUGACGUGCCCGCCAGGAGCCUCCGACUGGCCAGCCCGCAGGCCCUGGCCUCUGGGGCCCUGUCCGCCUGUUCCCCACGAGGCCCCAGAGAGCUCGGGGCAGCCAGGCCGGGACAGUGGAGGUGGCUUCAAGACGGGCCAGCCACCAAGCCUUCCCCGCUCCACUGCCUGGAGAACUCUCUGAAAGGGAUCUUGCCCGGGGGGCCCUUGCGCUUUGCCUGCCUGGCCGGCCUGGGCCCCAGCCCCUGCUCCAGCUCCAGCUCGAGCAUCAGCAGCUCAGAAGGAGAAGACUCGAGGCCGGAGCCCGAGCUCUGGCAGCCCCUCCUGCAGGAGAGGGACCACCCUCCCAGCGGCAAGGGCCUUGGCCCCCCGUCCCCACACCAUGGCGGCCCCCGUGCUGGCUGCAGCCCUGGGGAAAGCUUGAGGAGACGCGAGCCCGGGCACCGCUGUGACCUCACUGCAGCAGGAAAAGCAGAAGAGAAGGUGGGAGGCAGGUCCCACUCGCCCUGGGGAGAGGUGUGCUUGGAGACCCUGGGACCGCCCGGCCCCCUGAGCAGCACUGGAGGAGGUAGGGGUGGUGCUCUCCCCGCACGGUCCGCUGUGCAUCCCUGCCCUGCCGCUCAGCUGGGGAGAAGGCCGGGGCCUGGGCCCUGCCAGCCUCCUGGGUCAGCCCACGGGCUCCAGUCCUGGAAGCCGACCGCUGGUGAAGAAUCCAGGGGCCUCGGGCCUGGGGACGGAAGACCAGGUGUGACAGCCGGCACCGACGGCGGGCCCCUUCCUGGGGGUGUGCCCCAGCCAGACCCCACAGCCGCCGUCCCUGGGGCCUUGCCUGGCACCUCCCCGAGGCCGCCGUGCCUCUGUGGGACCUCCCUGCAGCAGGAGCUCCGCAGCCUGGGCACCGCCCUCUCGGAGAAGCUGGACCGGCUGGCCGGGGCCCUGGCCGGCCUGGCUCAGGAGGUGGCUGCCGUGAGGACCCAGGUGGAUCGACUCGGGCGCCGCCCGCGGGGCCUGGGGCCCAAGGGCCUCCCCCGGGGCCCUCGCUCGGCCAGCGGCCCUGCCCACAGACACCCGCCCUACUGGAGGCAUAAGGGCCCCCCCAGGCCGAGACCGAAGAUCCUGCGGGGGGGCCCGGCCGAAGGCUGCAGGGCCGGGGACCCGUCGCCGGGCCUGUCCAGUGGGAGGCUCCGUCGGGUGCCUCCGGACACCCCCGCAGCGGAGCCCCCGGGGCCCGGCUCCAGCCCUCCCCAGCAGCCUCACUCCUCGGCCUGCAGCGGCCCCGCUGUGCAGACUGUACGUCACCCCCUCGGGCACCCCGAGGGCCGCCAGAGCCCCCCUCCCCUUUCACUGCUGGCUGCCCCGCCCCCCCAAGUGGCUGCUUCGGUGGGCACUGCAGAGGCAGAACCACGGGGUGCAGUGGCUGCCCCACCCAGGACCCCAAAGUGGCCCAAAGAUCCAAGUGGCCUGCUGGUGGGGCUCCAGAGAUCCCUUGAGAGUGAACGGUGGAGUGGGGAGCACAGGGACCCAGGGUGGGGACCCCCUAACUGCCACCUUCAUGGACUCAGCCCCGCGGAGGGUGCCCCACCUCCGGCCACUUCGCCCCACUCCAGCAGAACCUUCCCCACAUUGGGGCCGUGA